CAUUAACAACAACGUUUGAUUUUCUCAGUUCGAAGAGACCGGAGGAGGAAGGAGGAGAGGGAGAGAGAGAAGAGGCGAAGUACGUCUUUUAUUCAAUUCUAGGGUUUUGAUCAUUUGAAAAAAUCAAAAAGAAAGAUGACUUCUCAAUUUCCUCCUGGUCCGAGACGCAAUAGUAAACGCAAUCCAUCCGCCUCGGGAAGAUCCUCUGUUCAAUCGGAUAAUGAUACCUCAAAUGGGGGCCAAUCAAAGCCCUCGUCGCCCCCCGAUGAUAAGUCUUUUGUUGGUGCGAGGACAGUUAAGAAGCUAAGAUUAUCAAAGGCAUUAACUAUUCCUGAAGGAACUACUGUUUCCGAUGCUUGUCGAAGAAUGGCAGCUCGUCGCGUUGAUGCUGUUCUAUUGACUGAUUCAAAUGCAUUGCUUGCGGGUAUAGUCACGGACAAGGAUGUUGCUACUAGAGUUGUUGCAGAGGAAUUGAGGCCAGACCAAACUCUUAUUUCCAAGGUUAUGACAAGGAAUCCUCUUUUCGUUACAUCAGAUACAUUGGCAAUUGAGGCUCUUCAGAAGAUGGUCCAAGGAAAGUUCAGACACCUCCCUGUUGUGGAAAAUGGGGAAGUUAUUGCAAUGUUGGAUAUUACCAAAUGUCUAUUUGAUGCUAUAUCGCGGAUGGAAAAAGCUGCUGAGCAGGGUAGUGCCAUUGCAGCUGCAGUGGAAGGGGUGGAACGACAGUUUGGUACCAAUUUUUCCGCUCCUGCUGCUUUCAUUGAAACACUAAGAGACAGGAUGUACAAACCCUCAUUAUCAACUAUUGUUGGUGAGAAUGUCAGGGUUGCAAUAGUUGCACCAUCAGAACCGGUACAAGUUGCUGCCAAAAGGAUGCAGGAGUUGAAGGUUAAUUGUGUAAUAAUUGCUCUUGGGAAGAAGAUACUAGGGAUAUUAACAUCAAAAGAUAUCCUUUUGCGUGUUGUUGCCCAAAAUCUAUCUCCUGAAUUGACUAUGGUUGAGAAGGUAAUGACGAGAAACCCUGAAUGUGCAACAAUUGACACCACAAUACUUGAAGCACUGCAUAUCAUGCAUGAUGGAAAAUUCUUGCAUCUACCAGUUAUGGACAAAGAGGGUUCUAUUGUUGCCUGUGUAGAUGUUCUUCAAAUCACUCAUGCAGCAAUAUCUCUUGUUGAGAGUAGUUCAGGUGCUGCUAAUGAUGUUGCAAACACAGUUAUGCAAAAGUUUUGGGAUUCAGCACUUUCCCUUGAUCCGCCAGAUGAUUUCGAUAGCCAGAGUGAAGCAUCCAUGUCCCAAAUAGUGACAUCAGAGGCUCCUGAACUGCUGGAGAAGAGCUUGUAUCCCUCCCUUAGUCUUGCGAAUUCAUUUACUUUCAAGUUUGAAGAUCGUGCCGGUCGUAUGCAUCGGUCUAAUUUUGGCACUGACAACCUAAAUGGGCUUAUUUCUGCUGUAAUUCAAAGAAUAGGUGUUAAUGAUGAUCAGGACCACCCUCAUCUUUUGUACGAAGAUGAUGAGGGUGACAAGAUUCUUCUUACAACGGAUGGGGAUCUGAUUGAUGCUGUUAGCCAUGCCAGGUUAAUGGGGAUAAAGGUCUUAAGGUUACAUUUGGAGUAUUCUGAUAGAAUUACCCCAGAAACGGAAAUAAGAGAUUCGCCGACUAUGGUAACAACAACAACAACAACAACUACGGGAGAGGAAGCAGGACAAGCAACAACUACGAGAGAGGAAGCAGGACAAUCAUUGGUUCUCUAUGGUAUUUUAGCUACCGCAGUUGCUGUGACCAGCAUUGGAUUAUUGAUCUAUUUAAGGCGACCACCCUCUGUUUAAUGUUAAAGACUUCUCGAGGAACCUAAAACCACACGAGCAAUUUGAAGGGACAAACAAUGGGAACUAUAGUUUGUGAACCCAUCUCUAGUUUGCAAGACUAGAGUUUUUAUUUUUGUAAGAGCAUUUUUUGUAGGAGAUACUACCCAAUAUUGAACUUUUAUUUAGACUAGGCUAAUAUUGGAGUAUUUUUUAAAUAAUGUGAAGAAUGUUAUUUUUUUUUUAUCUGAAACCAGAAUGAAAUAUUCUUCCAUAUCAAUGAAUAAAAUUUCUUUUGUUCAUAUAAUCCU